GAAAAGACUAUACGUCACUUACUGUAGCAGGAAGUGCCUGCUAGUGUUUCAAAGCCCAGCAUAUUUAGCCUACCAUAUCUCAUCUCCAGCACAUCUCCCCCUCUUCACUCUCAAAUGGGCUUUUAAUGUGGAGGUAUUUCUGUGACAUUGAGGCUCAUACAAACCAAAGCUCUUUUUUUCUCACUUUCCUUUAUUUCUAUCUCUCAGAAACCUGGAAAUGAAUAAUGGUAUAUUUUUGUUUCCUUUGUUGUUGUUAAUUAGUUGUGCUCGCUCAUACAAUCUCCUGCAACAUCAUAGCAUCCUGGCAACAGGUUUUGUACAGGCAAGCACUUAUUCACAUUUUCUUUAGGAAAUAUAAACAUUUAGUUUAUUUAUUUAAUUGUCUAGGCCUCUUUUUAGAGUAGGAAUGCUCUCUUCAACUGCAAACAGCAACUGUGUGUUUUAAGAGACUGUAGCUGUUUCAAAUGACUGACAAUGGAAUAUGUGUGGGUCUGUAUUUGUUUGUGUUGUGACAUAUACAAAGUUUUUAUUUUAAGUUUAAGGUGGCAUUUGUGAAUAUGUUUGUGUGUGUGUAUAUGUGAGUGUUUGUGUGUUAAGUGUUCCUGUAUGUCAUCUUUCUCACCUGCUGCCCUCAUUAUUGCAUCGUUCCUCACGGCACUCUCUCACACGCUGUCAGGCUUCCAUUGGCAGCAGCAAAGCCCUGGUCCUCUCUUUCAGUCCAUCUUGAGUCUGUUGACUAUCAUUUGCCUUCAUGUAUCCUCUCUGGUCUUAUCCUCACAUCUGAUAUUACCUUUUUCUCUUGCUUGCACUCAUGUGACCAUCUUUUAGGCCUAUUUACAUUUUGUCACUCCAUGCAUCUUGAUCAAUUGGAUUGCUAUUUGAUUGGGGCUUCAGUAAGGCUGGCACUGUCGCCCCUGCCAGACGCUGAUGUGAGUUUGGGCCUCAGGGCCUCAGGCUGACGUCUUGGCGCUUUGAUGAGGUAACAGCGGUUCCCGGAAGUCCAGCCCCUGCGUCUUGCCACCCCCUCCCUCUCCCCUCCUCCCUCCCCCUCUCGACCCAGCCAAGCCAUGGGACAGAAGAUCUCGGGGAGUAUAAAAUCUGUAGACGUGCGUGGGGAGCCGUCCUUUAGGCCCCUGAGGAGGGAACUGAGAGGGCCUGACUUUUUCAAGCCAGCCAGACUGGACCUACUCCUGGACAUGCCCCCUGCUUUAUAUGAACAGCAGCUCCGACAUGCCUGGAACCCAGACGACCGCUCCCUUAACAUCUUCAUCAAGGAUGACGAUAAGCUUACCUUACAUCGGCACCCGGUCGCCCAGAGUACCGACGGCAUCCGUGGACGGGUGGGAUACACGCGAGGACUUCACGUUUGGAGGAUCCACUGGCCGACCAGGCAACGGGGCACACACGCGGUGGUGGGCGUGGCCACAGUAGAUGCCCCGCUGCACUCAGUUGGCUACACCUCAUUAGUCGGCAGUGAUAGUGAAUCCUGGGGCUGGGACCUGGGACGUAACAAGCUCUACCACAACAGUAAGAACCGUCCGGCCUCUUCCACCUCCACCUAUCCGAGCUUCCUGGAACCAGAGGAGGCCUUUGUGCUGCCGGAUGCCCUGAUGGUGGUGCUGGACAUGGAUGAGGGAACACUGAGCUUCAUGGUGGAUGGACAGUACCUCGGAGUGGCCUUCAGAGGCCUUAAGGGCAAAAAGCUGUACCCGAUCGUCAGUGCAGUAUGGGGCCACUGUGAGAUCACCAUGCGCUACAUCAAUGGCCUUGAUCCGGAGCCUCUCCCUCUGAUGGACCUGUGUCGUCGUGCAGCACGCCUGGCUCUGGGACGUGAGCGCCUGCAGGAGAUCGAGACCUUGCCUUUGCCUCAGUCUCUAAAGAAUUACCUCCAGUACCAGUGAGAGCAUGGGCCGUCACAUAGAGACACUCACAGACACGGAAAGGAAGCCUGAGGUGCUACUAUAGCGACACCAUCAGGCCGCAGAAGGAAAAUGUUUACAUUGUGGCUCACUGGUGGAAUCUUAAGUUCGUUUUUUUUUGUUUGUUUCAUUUUUAUUUUUAUUUUCCUCCUUGAUUAAAUUAUUGACGGCUUUGGAAGAAGUUCAGGGGAAAGUGUGACACACUGCUGAACUGCGGAUGCUCGGCAGACCUGCAGCGCCUCCAGGUGUACGCCUAUGACAGGAAGUGGUGUUUCAUAAAGCACAUUAACCUUCAGAUGCCUUUGAAAGCCCACAGUAAUAAUAUUUUCGCCCCUUCCCUGGAUGUAAAGCCUGCAGAGCACGUAGGCAGCUGUAGGUCGGGCACAGCCGACUCCAACUCAAAAUCUAACAGCCCUGGAAGGUGCAAAGGCGGUAGGUGCGGUACCUAUGCACAGGAGCACCAGGUGACAUUAAUAUAUGGACUAACAGAAGUCAUUUUACCGUUUACUGGAUGUGUAUUCCCAAGGACACAUGCAUACGCACAUUUUCGACCAACAAUCAUAUACGGAUUCACUUUUUUUUUCCCUCUGUGGGCUUGAGUCACUUUUCUAUCUGAAUUUGUAUCCUGAUUUUAUCGUGUGAGUGAACUUUCGGUUUUGAUAAUAGUUUUAUUGAGAUGUUUUGGCUAUCUUUAAUUUUAUUGAUCAGGUUCUAGUUCCUUUUUAAUGAACUGAGAAUGUGUGAACUAGCACAUAGAUAUUGAAUAUUAUCGUACACUCAUCACAUAUGGCUUUCUAUUUUAAACUGGGAUGCUGCUUUUAUUAUUAUUAACUAUUAUAAUUAUUAUUCUGUCUGAAUGCUCAGAUAGAAGUCUGAUGUUCUGAGGCACACAAUGGAAUGUAAAGAUCUUGCUAGUGUUAGCAUAUUUGAAAUGUGAAUAAAAGCCAAGUGAAUGAG